CACGAAGAAGUCGAGUUCGCGUAAACAUCAACAUGGUUGAGCUAGUAUCUAUCCACUCCUUUUUAAUAAAGCGUAUGAUGGCAGUUGCCGAAGAAAUAUUCGACACUGUUAAAGACAAUAUUAUUGUAUAUCAGACGGAAAUAGAGCGUCUGAAGGAGGAAAAUCGCUCUCUGAAGAUUACACUGAACUACACGAGGAACUGCAACCGUGCAAAAACAAGCAAUGAUAAUCAAAACAUCGGUGCCGAAGGACUCCUGCAACCUAGACUGGGCUCAGAAAUCUCCGAUAUCAAUGUGCAGAUGGAGGUGACCACUGGGUUUUCUCAUGAGACUGUUAGUCAAGCUUCUGAAGAUAGGAAAAAAGAACUUGAACCCAUUGAGUGCUUCACACAGCAGCCAGAGAUCGUGGUGGAAAAGGAAGACUUCGAUGAUGUGAAUACGCAAAGAUCCGUCCCCACUAAACAAGAGUUCAGUAAUGAUGAGGUCAGUCAAUUAUGCUUGCCUAAAGUGGAAAAUGGCAAUGUGAGUGAUGGUCACGACACCAAAACCCGAAAGGCACGGCAGACAACCCAAAUGGCAUGCAACAUUUGUGGCAAGUCAUUUCACAGCAAGAAAUGCUUGCGGAUACACCAGGUAGUGCACCAGAACGAGAGACCCUUCAGCUGCGAUUCCUGUAGGUGGCGCUUUAAAUUGAAAAGCCACUUGAAUGAACACAAGAGACUUCAUACAGGUGAUUAUCGCUAUAAAUGCCCAAAGUGUGAAAAGGGUUUCUCUCGGUCAAAUCUUGUCAAAUUGCACCUUAAAAGUUAUCAUUCAUCAUGAUUGGUGAUUACACUUUGCCUCAACCAAACAUGGUAGAUUGACAAUCAAUAAUAUUCAUCUUUUCUUCUCUGUAUCUUUUGAGUUUCCGUCCCAAACUUGUGACAACCAUCUGCUGCUCGUUUAGUUUCUGUUUUAUUUUCACAACUACUCAAGUUUUGUCCAUUCCUCUCAGGAAAGACAAGAAGCCGUAAUUUCCGAAGACAAAACAUAGAAAAUGAUUUUAAACAAUGUCUUAUGCCUCAUUUUUGUGUUUAGACUUGAGUUUAAUUUUUUCAUUUGGUUAGGACACUGUGUUAAUCAUAUUUUUUAUGAAUGAUGCAUUUUUAUUUUACUUUUCUAUUAUAAAAUGUCUUUGAAUGUUUUGAAAUGUGCAUGCAUUCUUAUUGUUACUCUAAAUCAUACUUUAUUAUUGCUUAAUCCUUUAGAAGUUCAACAAAUUUCUCUUAAAAAAAAUGAUACUUUAACAUGCAACUGUCUUUAUGUUUGCAAAUAAAACAUUAAAACAUAA